GCUCCUGCGGUGACUCCGUGCUCUUCCAGCCUUAUCCGGCACCAUUCCCGCUCCCUGGUGGUUGUGCGCUGGUUUACGCCUGCUCCCGUUCCUGUCCCGGUUCCCGGUUCCCAUUCCCGGUUCCCAUUCCCGGUUCCCGGGGCGUGUCCCGCGGACUCUUUUUUUUUUUUUUUCCCGGCGGCGCUGGCGCGUGCGUCACGCGCGGGGCCGCGCAGUCGGCGCGCGGCCGCUGCCGGGAGCGGAGCCGGACUCCAGCGCCCGCUCACGCCGCCAUGGCCGCCGCGCACCCGGGCCCCGCCGCGCCCGCCCCGCCGCCGCCUCCUCCUCCUCCCGCCGCCGCCCCUCCGGGCAUCCUCAUCGGCGACCGGCUCUACUCCGAGGUGUCGCUGACCAUCGACCACUCGCUGAUCCCCGAGGAGCGGCUCUCGCCCACCCCCUCCAUGCAGGACGGGCUGGACCUGCAGUGCGAGACCGACCUGCGCAUCCUGGGCUGCGAGCUCAUCCAGGCGGCAGGCAUCCUGCUGCGGCUGCCGCAGGUGGCCAUGGCGACGGGGCAGGUGCUGUUCCAUCGGUUCUUCUACUCCAAGUCCUUCGUCAAGCACAGCUUCGAGAUUGUUGCUAUGGCCUGCAUCAAUCUCGCGUCCAAAAUCGAAGAGGCGCCUCGUCGGAUAAGGGACGUGAUCAACGUGUUCCAUCACUUGCGGCAGUUAAGAGCAAAAAGGACUCCAAGCCCCCUGAUACUUGAUCAGAACUACAUAAACACCAAAAAUCAAGUAAUCAAAGCAGAAAGAAGGGUACUGAAGGAGUUGGGAUUUUGUGUUCAUGUCAAGCAUCCUCAUAAGAUCAUUGUUAUGUAUUUACAAGUCCUAGAAUGUGAACGUAAUCAAACCCUGGUACAGACAGCCUGGAAUUACAUGAACGACAGCCUCCGGACGAACGUGUUUGUUCGCUUCCAGCCGGAGACCAUCGCGUGUGCGUGCAUUUACCUCGCUGCUAGAGCCCUGCAGAUCCCGCUGCCUACCCGUCCCCACUGGUUCCUGCUCUUUGGCACCACGGAAGAGGAGAUUCAGGAGAUCUGCUUAACAACUCUGAAGCUUUAUACCAGAAAGAAGCCCAAUUACGAAUUUCUGGAUAAAGAAGUAGAAAAGAGGAAAAUGGCACUACAGGAGGCAAAACUGAAAGCAAAAGGUUUAAAUCCAGAUGGAACUCCAGCACUCUCAACACUGGGUGGCUUUUCUCCUGCAUCCAAACCAUCUUCCCCAAGAGAAGUAAAAGCGGAGGAGAAAUCUCCAGUGUCUGUGAAUACCAAAACCAUUAAAAAAGAGCCGGAGGAGAGGCAGCAAACCUCCAAGAGCCCUUACAACGGGCUGAGGAAGGAGAGCAAGAGGAGCCGCAGCAGCCGAAGCGCCAGCCGCUCCCGCUCCCGGACAAAGUCCCGCUCGCGCUCCCACAGCCCCCGCAGGCACUACAACAACCGGCGGAGCCUGUCGGGCACCUACAGCUCCCGCUCGCGCAGCCGCUCGCACAGCCACAGCGGGAGCCCCCGGCGGCACCACAACCACGGCUCGCCCCACGCCAAGGCCAAGCACGGCCGCGAGGAGCUCAAGGGCAGCAGCAGACACGGCCACAAGCGGAAAAAGUCCCGCUCCCGCUCGCAGAGCAAAUCCCGCGAGCACUCGGAGGCGGCCAAGAAGCACCGGCACGAGCGCGGCCACCACCGGGAGCGGCGCGAGCGCUCGCGCUCCUUCGAGCGCUCCCACAAGGGCGGCAAGCACCACGGCAGCGGCCGCUCGGGCCACGGCCGGCACCGCCGCUGAGCCCUCGGGCUGGGGGCUGGGCCAGCCCUGGCACGGAGCCCUCAGACUGGGGCUGGGCCAGCCCUGGCACUGGCACCGAGCCCUUGGGCUGCAGAGCUGGGCCAGUCCUGGCACCGGCACCGAGCCCUUGGGCUGCAGAGCUGGGCCAGUCCUGGCACCGGCACCGAGCCCUCGGACUGCGGGGCUGGGCCAGUCCCGGCACUGAGCCCUCGGACUGCGGGGCUGGGCCAGUCCUGGCACUGGCACCAAGCCCUCAGACUGGGGCUGGGCCAGUCCUGGCACUGGCACCGAGCCCUCGGGCUGCAGGGCUGGGCCAGUCCCAGCACCG